AUGGAGGAGUCACAGAAGGUGGUGUCCUCGGACUAUCUAAAGCGAACCUGUCGCCUGGAGAAGAUCACAGUUGAGCUAGAAAGAAUAAAAGCUACAAAUGAGCAACUACUGAAAGAAGGAAAAGCUAGAGAAACAGAGAUGACUCGUCUACAAUCUACGAUACUCCAGGAAAAGAGUGAGACAAACAAGCUCCAUAAUAAAUUAAAGAUCUUUGAGGGUCAACUACGAGCGGAGCAGUCUGCUAGAAACACAGUAAUCAAAGAAUUAUAUGAUAAAACACAGGAUUUAUUUCGCGUACAAGCUGCUUCUUCAGAUAUGGCUCAGCAAAAAAAGCCGCAAAACAUAGCUUUGCAGGAUCUCCAUAUUUUGAAGACUCAAUCCGCUCAGGAGCUUCAUGAGUCUAAAGCAGUCGUUGAGAAUCAGCAAGCAGAAAACAAGCGACUACAGGAAGUAGCACAAGAUAAACAGACUAAAGCAAUAGUGUUGCAGCAUCAGGUAGCAAAACAAGCAAAGGAUUUGAAAGAAAUGCACGAGAGGUUGGAAUCCAAAGAAGAUGAGGUGGAGCUACUUUCAAAACCACCGGAUUCCCAGCCUGUUCCCCCGCAGACUUCACCUAUCUAG